GUUAUAGAGCUUAAAGUGAGAAUGUGUUGCGAAGGCUGCGAGAGGGUUGUCAAGCAUGCCCUGCACAAGCUCAGAGGCGUGGACUCGGUGGAGGUGAACUUACCACUAGGGAAGGUGACGGUGACCGGCUACAUAGACCGCAACAAGGUACUGAAACAAGUGCGGCGGAGCGGGAAGAAGGUGGAGUUCUGGCCCAACCCCGACCUCCCCCUCUUCUUCACCAACGCCACCAAUUACUUCCACGACGAACAAUCUUACCGCGACAGCUACAACUACUGGCGCCAUGGCUACAACAACAGCGACAAGCACGGCAACCUUCCGGUCAACCGCCGCGGCGAGGAUCCGGUCAGCAACCUCUUCAACGACGACGAUGUCAACGCCUGUUCCAUCAUGUGAUGGUCGAGCCGAGACCAUCUGAUUGGGGAUGGAGGGCUCAGAUGGGUUCCAAUUGUGUAUAGUCAACGCAGGGUUGGUGUGCUUGGAGUAAGUUGAUGUAUAUAGUUGUGUGACUUGUGCGUUUAUAUGUUUGUGUAAAUUUAAAUGUUUAUAUUUGUGGCUGUUUGGAUUUGUAUGUAAUUGCAUAUGGACUACUAUGAUAUUUAUAAAUUAAUGA